AAAGCACUUGCUCAGAGGCUUGUCUGUGAGAAGACCGUUGUUUCUGUCUCCGCCUCGGACAGCAGCUUCAAGCAGAGUCGCGACUUUUAGCCUCAGGUUCACUUUGAUAACAAUAAUAAUAUAACUCGGAGACAAGUUAUAUUUCUGCGGACAUAUUAUUUUUUUCUCAACUGUUGUAAACUUUGAGAAGAAGGAGAGCUUUGACAGGAAACAGGGACUGGCGUGUGUUUUUCAUUCCCCUCCAGCGGUCCUCAGCUCCAGACAUCUUUGAGCGAUGUUUGACAAGCAGCACUACGAGAGUCCACCUGUCUACAGUCCUCCAUCCAACAAUGGCUUUGGCCCUCCGGGCAGCUUCCAAGCCCCUCAGAGUGAUUACAACGCCUAUCCACCUCCACCGGGAUCUUAUUACAUUGAGGACAAACCGCAGCACUUCUACAAAUGGCUGUCACCUCCGGGGAUCAUCAAGGCCAUGAUGGCUACGGUGAUCGUGUUGUGUGUGGCAAUAUUUGCCUGCGUAGCUUCCACCCUCAUGUGGGACAUGCAGUAUGGAAUGGGAAUGGGAAUGGGCUAUGGUAGCGGAUACGGCCUCGGCAGCUACGGUUCAGGAUAUGGUGGUUAUGGAGGGUAUGGAGGAGGUUAUGGAGGCGGCUAUGGAGGAGGCUAUGGCAGCUAUGGCUCCUACAUCUCACCUUACUCAGCCAAAUCUGCCAUGAUUGCCAUGGCAGCAAUUAACUUCAUUGGAGCACUGGCCUUCUUCAUCACCAGCUUCUCAAAAUCUAACGCUGUCCGCAGUAGGAAGUUCUUUCUGGCCCUAAUGAUAGCCAGCAUCAUCAUGGCUGUCCUGGAGGGCAUCAUAAGCAUUGUCUACAUUGUUGGGGUGAACCCAAUGGCCCAGGGCUCCUCCAGUAUGAUGUACAAUCCAAUGCUUAUGAUGUGCCAGAACCUCUACCAGACCAGCUACUCACAAAUGGGAGGAGUGGGAGGCUUCCCCAUUUACAACCAGUAUCUCUACCAUUACUGCUUUGUGGAUCCACAGGAGGGAGUUGCCAUGGUGUGUGGAUUCCUUGUUGUCAUCGCCUUCAGUGUUGCAGCUUUUUUUGCACACAAAACAAGAGGGAAGAUCUGGCGCUAUGGGAAACCCAACAUCUACUGGGAAGAGCCACUUGUUGGCGGGAAGACCUCAGAGGGCAGAGAUGUAGAGGAAUGGGUGAACAAUGUGGAGGAAAGCCGUAGUGUUCAAGACGCCCCUACCCUGCUGGUGUCAGAGAAGGGAGCUGGGUUGCUCAACGCCUCAGCGAACAGUGUCAUCUCCUAUCCCCCAGCCAAGGUGGACAGCAGCUCUUAUAAUGAGGACACCUUCGACAACAACGAGUACUCAGAGAGGACCACCAGCAGACCAUCAGAAGCCUUCUCCCAUGGUGGAAGAACCAGCUCCAGCCCUUCAGAGGGGACCGGUGGGGGCCGCAAACCCUCUGCCAACAGGGGCAAGAGACGCAGACGUAACCCCGAGCUGGAUGAGUCUCAGUAUGAGACAGAGUACACCACAGGAGGAGAAACAGGGAAUGAACUCGAUGGAGAAGAGUGGGAGAGUGCAUACCCAGAUAUUACAUCUGAUGCUCAGCGUCACGACUACAAGAGAGAGUUUGAUGCUGACCUUAGGGAAUACAAGCGUCUUUGUGCUGAAAUGGACGACAUUAACGACCAGUUGAACAAACUCAGCCGGCAGCUGGACACACUGGAUGAGACCUCUGCCAAAUACCAGGCUGUAGCAGAGGAGUAUAAUCAGCUGAAGGAUCUGAAGCAGACGUCAGACUACCAGUCCAAGAAGAAAGAGUGUCGCAGGCUGAGACACAAACUGUUCCACAUCAAACGCAUGGUGAAGGACUACGACAAGACCCACUGAUGAACCCACUGAGUCCUGACGCUCAGCUCUGGGGUCCAUACAGCAAACACUCACGGACAAACAGGCCAAGAUACACUCCAAAAUACCACAAAGACUGUGACAUGUCGAGACCAAAGUUACCUGUACAGAACCAGCACACACUGGAUACGCUCACAAACACACACAUAUAGGGAUAUGUUAAAAAUAAUGAUCUUGUGUUUUCCUUUACUUUGAUCAGGUAUGUAUAAAUUGGAAGAAAAUGGAAGCAGGGCACUCAGCUGUAGCCACUUCCACAGCAAACACUGCCUUUUCUCUCAAGAGUCAGCUCAUUGUUUGCAGUGUUCAGUCACCAUGAGGAUCAGAGGGAGUGGUUUGGAGCGUACUUAUGUGAAAGUCACCCGACCUUCAGUCACCUGUGAUAACACUGUGCUCAGUUUUUGUGGCUGUUUGUUCUCCAACUUUUCUUUGUUUUAUCUCCACAGAUAAGAGGUGGAACAGUAUUGUAGAGCAGGUAGUAAUGGGUGAGACCGCUUGCUGGGAUUGUUCAGUAUGCAGUUUCUUUAACCCUUGGCAUGGCAUUAUGUCUGUCACAAAUGAACUUUAGUUGUGCUUUUCUCAUCUUUUGCGUCAGUGUUCGUGACUAACUUCAGCAGCGAUGAAGUGAACUGCUCCCUGCCGGGAACAUGUGUUUACUGGCUUUUGUCUAAACCAAGAUGUUUAUACUGGUUGUCAUAGAUGCAGAGACCAAAAAGGAGACAAACUGGCCAGUAAGAUACAUGUGGCAUUGUUGUUGUGUAAAUACUUUUAAUAAAUCCUGUUGAUGCUACAUACCAAGAACAAAUUUAUAGUAUCUGUCUCUUAGAUUCAGCAGAUAUCCUAGCAUUUGUGAUGACCUUAUCUGUUAUUUGUACAUACUAAAGACCCUUAGUGGCUUGUUUUGUAAUCAUUCAAAAUGUGCUAAGCUAUGCAAAUGAGUAAAAACAUCCAGACUAUUUUUAUAUUUUUAUCACGCACGCUCCUCAACAAACUGGAAAACACUUGUUUCUGUCACUGUCUAUAAGCUACGCUCAUCUCUACAUCUGAUUCUUUGCCAAUGAAAAAUGAUCAUCUGCUAAUUUUUGUAUUAAUCCACUUCAUGUGCAAAGUGUUAAGAUCUAGUGUACGUUAUGAAAUUGUUCAGACACCCUUUUGAUUUGUCAUGCAUUUGUAUUUUUAUGAAGAACAUUGUUGUUAUUUUACAAACCGUUUGCGAGCCAUUUAUUUUUGUAUGAAUUUAUUUUCUUCGAUGCUAUUAUAAGACCAUUUUUUGUAACUGGUUACUUCCCUAAAGUAUGAUGUCUAAAAAAGUAUUGAGUUCAAUAAUAAUAAACAUCUCUAAUUCUCUUAAAA